AUGCACUCAUCUACUCUCUUUGACACAAUAUACGACGACGACGCUCCCAUGAUCACUCCCACCGGUGUCUAUACAACCGAAGUCUAUCCAGAGGCGUUCAUUCCCUCAUCCAACUCGUCUUCCCAAACAUCCUCGCCAAACGUAUCGCCCACAAUUGCUCCUCGUGAACAUUUCGAGGACAAGGACCUCAACGGGUUUUCAAUAACACCUCCACCAGCGAGAAUCAUUCGUAAGCCGAGUAAGACUAGGGUGGCUAAUCGCAAGAGCGUUCUUUUGGAUCCAAUAGUCGAAGAGCAAGAGAAAUGA